AUUUUUGCAGGGGCCUGCUGUAACUUCAUCAACAGGGGUCAGUUGGGCAAAUGGGACAUCGUUGGACCAAGGUGAGCCGUUUAAAACAAGCUGAUUACAAUGCCAAAAACAAUGCUUUUGAUUUCUUGCAGUUCUUCAAAUGUCGUAUGGGAGAUGUGAAAGAUCAUCAGGACCGACAUGUGGAAUUUGCCAGCAGAAACGUUCACCAUAUAACUACCAUACAGAGCUGGGAGGAAAAACUAACAGAGGCAACCAGGGAUGGAAAGAUACUUGUUGCAAAUUUCAGUGCACCGUGGUCAGGUCCUUGUAGAUCAAUAGCACCAAUCUACUGCGAGCUUGCAGAUAAAUAUCCUUCUUUCAUGUUUCUAACUGUGGAUGUCGAUGCGCUUGCAGAGUUCAGUACUUCAUGGGAUAUCAAUGCUACUCCAACAUUCUUUUUUCUUAAAGAUGGAAGGCAGGUGGACAAAUUUGUAGGUGCUGACAAGGUAGAACUCCCAAAGAAGAUAGCAGCAGUUGCUAAUCUCACAAGCAGGUUUUGA